AUCCGUCAGUUCAGUUCCGAUCACCAGAAAAUGGCAUCCAUGGCUACAACCUUUUCCUCUGCCCUCCCCGCUGCCAAACCCUUCAAGGGUUCUUUCUUUGAUUCCUCUUUCCAUGGAGUCCCUGUGACUUCCCCUGCUCUCCUUUUCAGGGCAAAACCCAUCCCUUGUGCUGCAUCGGUUUCUAUGUCCGCGGCCACCCCGUCUUACGAUUUGAAUAACUUCAAAUUCGAUCCCAUCAGGGAGUCCAUCGUAUCUCGCGAGAUGACGCGGAGGUACAUGAUGGACAUGAUCACCCACGCCGAUACCGAUGUUGUGGUCGUAGGUGCUGGCUCUGCCGGCCUCUCCUGCGCCUACGAGCUCAGCAAGAACCCCUCUGUACAGGUGGCAAUCAUCGAGCAAUCGGUCAGCCCCGGUGGUGGCGCGUGGCUCGGCGGCCAGCUCUUCUCUUCCAUGGUAGUGCGCAAACCAGCUCAUCACUUCCUUGAUGAACUUGGGAUCGAGUACGAUGAGCAAGACAACUAUGUUGUGAUCAAGCAUGCUGCCCUUUUCACAUCCACCAUCAUGAGCAAGCUGCUCGCCCGUCCCAACGUGAAGCUGUUCAAUGCUGUGGCAGCAGAGGACUUGAUUGUGAAGGGAGGGAGAGUCAGUGGUGUUGUGACCAACUGGGCUUUGGUGUCAAUGAACCAUGACACACAAUCCUGUAUGGACCCCAAUGUGAUGGAGGCCAAGGUGGUGGUGAGCUCUUGUGGCCAUGAUGGUCCAUUUGGAGCCACUGGUGUCAAGAGGUUGAAGAGCAUUGGGAUGAUUGACAGUGUGCCAGGAAUGAAGGCAUUAGACAUGAAUACAGCUGAGGAUGCUAUUGUCAGGCUGACUAGGGAGAUUGUGCCUGGGAUGAUUGUUACUGGCAUGGAAGUUGCAGAGAUUGAUGGAGCCCCAAGAAUGGGACCAACAUUUGGAGCUAUGAUGAUCUCAGGGCAGAAGGCAGCUCACCUUGCUCUAAAGGCAAUGGGACUGCCUAAUGCCAUUGAGGGGCAAAACAUUGGAAACAUUGACCCUGAGCUGAUCCUGGCUGCUGCAGAAUCUGCUGAGAUUGCUGAAGCUUGAAUUUGUAUGUACUAAUAGAUGAAGUAGAGAGAUGAGGAAUUGAAAUAAUGGCUGAUAAUAGAUGGUAGAUAUUAUCAUGCGGUGGUUGCUAAUAAUUUGGGUCUAUUGCUGUUUGUUUUUCCUCUUUGGAACUCAGUAGACCUUCUUGUUGUUGUUAUCUUCUUGGCUAGAAGCCUAGAAACUUUUGUUUCUAAGUUUCUUUUAGAUUAGAAAAUCAAGCUCUUAUAUGUGAAUCAUGUAUAAAGGGGCAUUUACUUAAAAUUAUAAAAACAUAAUUUGCCU